CGACGACAACCUCUUCACCCUCACCAUCUUCCUUCAGCAUCAACGUAUCGUGGCUCAUAAUCCCAGGGCCUCGACGGUUAUCACCACACCGACCUAUGCCUAUAAUCAUGGACCUCCUCAACACCCUAGGCGUGUCCACUCACAUCUCGUCAAAAUGGACUUCAACACUCAUAUCCACAAGCCCCCUGACUAUCCUGGCAAUCACCUCCGCCCUCCUAGCUUCUUACCCAAUCCUCAAACUCUUUUACGCCCUCUUCCUCUCGCAUACGAUCUACACCCACUUUCAUCCUCUCCGCCGCCUACCCCGCAUCAAAGAACGCCCGUCAUUGUUAUUAGGAGCCAACCAGGUUAUUCUGGAUUCUCCUCCGGGGCAAGCGGAGAGGAGAUGGUUAGACACCCAUGAUACCACCGUCAUCGUCUACCCCGGUUUUCUAGGCACGCAUUCGGUCUACGUAGCGGAUCCGACGGCUAUUCAUCAUCUCUUCGGACCAGGACACGGGGCUUACGAAAAGUCGGAGAUCCGACAGAGGAUCCUCAGAGUUCUAUUGGGGCAAGGGCUGGUGACGGCGACGUCCAAACAGGCGGUCAAGCAACGGAGGAUUAUUGUUCCGGCGCUCCAGACUAGGAAUUUGGAGAGGCUUGCUCCGGUCUUUCAGGAUGCUUGUGAGGGGAUGGUCGGGGUUGUAAAGGAAAACCUUCUUGCGGCCCAAAAUCAAAAGGAAGCUGAGGGGACCGGCAGGAAGCCUAUGAUCACUGGUGGAAAUCAGCAUGAGGACAAGGGAGAUAAGGGGGAGAUGACGGUACUCGAUCUGGGGGAUGUCCUUUGGGCGUGUUCGUUGGAUAUCAUAGGGAAAGCUGGGUUUGGGUAUGAUUUCCAUGCGGUUCAGAGCGCUAGGAGGCGGGUUUCUACCACUGGCACCACCGACACCAUCAACACCGGUCACACCAACUCCAACUCUAACAGCAACUCCGUUCUCGACGAAAAGAACCUCUCUACUUAUACGGCCAACAACGCGACCAACACGACGACCGUGAUCCCCCCUCAAAACCGCCUAGCCCGAGCGUUCGACGAUGCCAUGGAAGCCACCCUGAAACCCUCUACCUUCGAUCGACUGGUCACACUCGUCGCAGCCGUCCUUUUCCCGGUGUUUACCAUGUUACCGAUCACGAAAGCUAAUAGGGAAUGCGUCAAAGCCCGCAAGUUGAUGGACCACGUAGCCGGGGGGAUCCUUGAUCAACGGUUAGAUGCCGUGGAAGAGGCCGGGUUGAAGGAAAAGGCGGAUUUCGAAGGCGAUCAGAAGGACCUGCUCGGGGUUCUCGUUAGGGCGAACAGGGCCACGGACCUCAAACCCGAUCAGAGACUCACUAGGCCGGAAUUAUUGGGACAGUUGACGACGUUCUUGGUGGCCGGGCAUGAGACUACGGCAGCGGCCGCGGCUUGGUUGUUGUACUACCUCUCUCUUUACCCGGAUAUCCAAGCUAGGGUUUACGAGGAGGUGAAAGAGUUGGACAGAAAGGUCGCCAGUGAAGGCGAGGGGAGGGAGGGGGGCAGGCCGACGUGGAGGGAGAUGGCGGAAUUGCCCCUGUUGAGGGCUUGUUUCUUCGAAGCGUCCAGGUUGCAACCGAGUUUACCGGUCACUCAUCGGGAUGCGGUCGAGGAUGACGUGAUCCCGUUGUCGAGACCCCUCCGAGCGAGCGAUAAUGGAGAGCCGAUCGAAUCGAUGUUCGUGCCCAAGGGAACCGUCUUGACCAUCGGAAUCGCUGCUAUCAACCGAUCGACCGAUAUCUGGGGAGCCGAUGCCAACGAGUUCAAACCCGACCGAUGGUUCGACCUCGAGGCCGACAAGCACGCCCCGCCUCUCAAGACCUGGUCGUUCAUGAUGGGCCCGAGGACUUGCCCCGGAUGGCGGUACGCUCAGGUUCAGGUCAUGUGCAUCAUCUCCUCGAUGCUCCGAGAGUUUGAACUGCAUUACGCCGGUCUCGAACUGCAGGCGCAGAUGGCCAAGAUCAUCGCCGGUCGACCUAUCGUCAAGGACCAAGCGGACGUCGGGUCGCAAUUGCCUAUCGGGCUGACCUUCCGAAACAAGGACAAGUCCGGAUAGGGCGGAAAACGAGAUCUGAAGCAGUCUUUGGAACCUGUGGGGGGAUCUCUAUAGACGAUCACAUCUCGCUCGCUCGACAGAGUCUGGAUUCCGGUUUUCUCUCAGUCUCUUUUUGACCAAUAUCAACUAAGUUAGAUGGGUAGACCCUGUUUGGAAAUACCGUUUCGGUAGUUUUACGUGUUUGAUGGUCUGGGAUCUUUCUAAAUGUCGUUCUGCUGGGUUAGAGAAAUUAUGAUAUGACAAGCUAUACAAGUGCGACCGGCUUCA